AUGUUUGAUCUUUCAAACUUCUAGUUUUUACGAAAUUAAUACCAGCAUAGCUAUUUUAUUCGAUUACUGAUAAAUGAAAAUUUUAUUUAACUAAGCCAAUAUAAUCACGAGACAAUACUCUGUGUUUUUCUAAUUAGCUUGCGUUAUAUUUUUGUUUUGUGUUAAAAUAUUGUUUUCUUCUGAUGUGAUAAUAUUGAGAUGUCAUCUUAUAUGGCAGGUGUUUUUGAUUUAGAUUUAGAUGUGGAUACGGUUACAGUCGCUGAUUCUGAUGAAGAUGAUAUUAUAGAUGUUGAUGAGGUUGACUAUGAUCCUGAACUACACGUUAACAAUAUUGUUGAGGCCGAAGGGUCUGAAACAAUUCAACUAUCUGAGGAUAAUGUAAACCCUGGUCUGUGCAAACGUCUUGGUCCUCAAGACUUUGAGUUGCGUAAAGUUUUAGGCAAAGGUGGAUAUGGAAAAGUGUUUCAAGUGCGUAAAAUCACUGGGACUGAUGCUGGUGCCCAUUUUGCUAUGAAAGUUCUAAAAAAAGCUUCAAUAGUACGUAACCAAAAAGAUACUGCUCACACUAAAGCUGAGAGAAAUAUAUUAGAAGCAGUAAAGCAUCCCUUUAUAGUUGAAUUAGUUUAUGCUUUUCAAACUGGUGGUAAAUUAUAUUUAAUUCUAGAAUAUUUAAGUGGCGGAGAGUUAUUUAUGCAUCUUGAAAGAGAAGGUAUAUUUUUAGAAGACACUGCUUGCUUCUAUUUGUCUGAGAUAAUUCUAGCCUUGGAACAUUUACAUAGUUUAGGCAUAAUUUAUCGUGAUUUAAAACCAGAGAAUGUUCUCUUAGAUGCGCAAGGCCAUGUAAAACUUACAGAUUUUGGAUUAUGUAAGGAACACAUUCAAGAAGGUAUUGUUACACAUACAUUUUGUGGAACCAUUGAAUAUAUGGCUCCUGAGAUAUUGACAAGGAGUGGUCAUGGAAAAGCUGUGGAUUGGUGGAGUCUAGGUGCUUUAAUGUAUGAUAUGUUAAUUGGACAACCACCGUUUACUGGAGAUAAUCGUACAAAGACAAUAGAAAAAAUCCUUAAAGGUAAACUUAUAUUGCCCGCCUACCUCACACAAGACGCUCGCGAAUUGAUUCGACGUCUCAUGAAACGUUCCGAGACUCAGCGCUUAGGAGCUGCUGGGGCUGCCGCGGUGCGUGGACAUGCUUUCUUCAAACAUGUUCACUGGGACGAUGUAUUCGCUCGUAGAUUAGAGCCUCCUAUCAAGCCUAAAUUGACAAGUGAAGAUGAUGUAUCUCAAUUUGACACAAGAUUUACUCUCCAGACUCCUAUUGAUUCGCCAGAUGAAUCUACACUCAGUGAAAGCGCCAAUCUAAUGUUUCAGGGAUUCACAUAUGUUGCACCAUCAGUAAUGGAUGAAAUCCACAAGCCUCGCGUAAUCAAUGCUCGCUCGCCGCGGCGCCCUAGACCUCACCACCAUACUGCCUUCACUAUUCCACCGGCUUCCCACUCACACGCUCAACCUGAAGAUCUUAUGGAUGUACAAGGUUUACCUAUAUAGCCUAGAAUAAUUCACAUAGCUGACCAUUUUAUACUAAGAAUCAAUUGAACUACAAAUGCUGCCGAUGUAUUAUGUCCGUAACAUAAAUGGUACUGUUUUAUACUAUUAUUAUAAAUUAUUAAUGUACAUUUUAUACAAGUUACCGAUUAGUUUAAUGUUUGGUAGGACUUAUUCUCAUAUUAUGUAUUAAAAUGUUCUUACCUGAAUAUGAAUAUAAUAUGACAGAGUAAAAAUAUAAUUAACAAUAUUAUACCUUGUUACCAGGCUUCAUAAAU